AUGAUUGCUCGUCAGCUUAAUUCUUCAUACUUCACAAAGUCCUCCGAUACCAAGUUACAUUACUUACAAGGUGGUGAGCCUUCAGGUCCACUUCUGAUCUGCCUUCAUGGGCUCGGCGGCUCAACCGAGACAUUCAUCCCACUCGUUCCAUCUCUCCCGCAGACGUACAACAUCAUUCUUAUCGACUUUCAAGGAUUCGGAAAGACCUCGCUGGCAGACCCCAGUAGAAAAAUCUCGAUCACAGGCCAUGUUGUCGACUUGAACGAGUUUGUCACAUCGCUACAAAAACCUCCGAGCGCAUCGAACGCAUCCAAGAUCGCGAUUAUUGAACACUCCCUUGGCGCCAUUGUCGCCUUGCACUAUGCCGCAGCAUACCCGGAAUGUAUUGGAGGUCUCGCGCUUCUUGGCCCUGGUCGAACAGCAGGCCACAUACCUGCGGUUCGGCAGCGCAUGCUUGAUCUCGCAACGGCAGUCAGGGAGACUGGUAUCGACAUCGCUGCAAAAACUGCGGUCAAGUCCAACUUCUACGAGGAUACUCAGGAGCGAAAAGUGGAUCCAGCUGCACGGGAGGCUGUCAAGUCUGACGUGAGCACUUCGGACCCAGAAGGCUAUGCACAGACUUGCGAAGCUCUCGUGAGUCUUGACCAUAAAGACCCUCAAUACAAGAAUAUCAAAUGUCCGAUCGUAUUCAUUGCCGGAGACAAAGAUAUGAUUAGUCCUAUAGAGCGAUCAAAGGACCUUAGUAUGCUGGUCGGCGGGAAAUCUCAGGUAGAGGUCGUGAAAAGUGGACAUCAACCGAUAUUGGAGGACGUACUAGGUGUUCAAAAGGCGAUCAAGCUAUUAUUCAAAAAUGUACAGCAAUAG